AUGCACUUUGUAUUUCUUCUUUUCGCCUCGAUCGCUGCCAUCGCUGCAGCUUUCACGCUCCCCAAGGAUGCGGCGGACGGUUUCUACGUAGCCUACUACAACGAAACCGGCCAUGAAGUUCACCUCAAGGACCCCGACAUGUCUAGCCUCGACGCCCUUGUUACAAGUAGCCCUGCCCACCCUCAGAUCCGCGGCACUACCCCUCUGGUACUGCCACGUGACGGCGAGACCUGUUGUGGUUGCAAGUACAGAAUGAACAGCGGCAAUUGUGACGGCGCAGUUCAGGGCCUGAAAAAUCAGAUGAGGAAGCAAAGGCUGGGCAGGGCAUUUAUCAACCCUGGAAUGGCUUGGUACGAGAUCAGAAGAUCAGGCUCUGCCCGCCCGGUUGUGGCUUUCCUGUGCCGCACUAGGGGCGCCGGAGUUGGGGACAUCGAUGUCUAUACUUAUACCCAGAAGUUGCAGGAGAUCACUGGAUCAUGUGGGCUGUAUGUUCCUGGAACGAAGGCGCUCGGCGCUCUGAGGGUCGGAUACAUGAUUUACAAUGAGGGUGAGGACUUUUGCAGAUCGGCGACGGGUUCUACUCAGAACAGAUGUUAA